UUAAAGAACAAAUGACGUAUAAAGCUUGGAGGGCCUGUAUGAUUAACCAGUCGUGUUAAAGACGUGUUCAAAGAACAUUCAUAUAUUUGCAUUCGGUAUUAGUGCAACAUUGACACAUGAUUUGUCCGAGAUAAGACGGGAAGGACGGCCAAUUGCAAAUUAUUGUAACUCAAAUACCUUGCAACAUCUGAUCUCGAGUUUUCUCAAAUAAUGGUGAGCUACUUCGACAUUCUCUGUGGCAUAGUCGCAUUAGUCCUUCUUAUCUAUUAUUAUGCGACCUCGACAUUCGACUUCUGGAAAAGUCGUGGAGUACUUGGUCCACGACCUUUACCAUUCUUUGGUAAUACCAAAGACAUCAUGUUUCCGAAAAUGUCGACCGGAGAAUUUGUCAUGGACAUUUACAAUAAAUAUAAAGGAGAACCACUGGUUGGCUUAUAUAUGAGAAGAUCGCCUUUUCUCAUCGUGAAUGACUCAGAACUCAUGAAAGAUGUCCUCAUUAGAGAUUUCUCCCAUUUCUCCGAUCGUGGAAAUGUUGUACCCGAAAAGGCGGAGCCACUAUCUCCGAAUCUGUUCAACUUGGAACCAGAAAGAUGGCGGCCAUUGAGAUCCAAGCUCUCCCCGAUAUUCACGUCCGGCAAAUUAAAAGAGAUGUACCAUCUUAUUAUCGAGUGCACGCAACACUUGGAAGAAUACCUGAACCAGGAGAUCGAGAAAGGAGAACCGAUCGAUUGUGUUGAAUUAACAGCGAAAUUCACGACCGAUGUGAUCGGUACCUGCGCCUUUGGCAUCGAGACGAGCGCAUUGGCGCACGAGGACAGCGAAUUCCGACGAAUGGGCAAAGAUGUGUUCGCAGCGAGUCUGCAAAACUCCAUACGAAUGAGGAUGAGACAAUUUUUGCCAAAAUUUUACGAUUUACUCGGUUACGUGAUACCUAAACAGAGGUACACUUGGUUCUUCCAGAGGGUCAUCAUGGAGACCAUAAAAUAUAGGGAAGAGAAUGAUGUUUAUAGGCCAGACUUCAUUAACAUGUUGAUGGAACUUCAGAAACAUCCAGACAAAAUGGAAAAUAUAGAAUUGACGGAUUCGCUGCUUACAGCACAAGCAUUCGUGUUCUUCAUAGCAGGUUUCGAAACUUCUUCGACAACUAUGAGCAACGCUCUUUACGAAUUAGCUUUGAAUCAAGAUAUACAGGAUAAGCUUCGCGAAGAAAUUCACGAGUAUUGUGGCGAAAGCAACGAGAAAUUAAAUUACGACGAUGUCAAAGGAAUGAAAUAUUUGGACAAAGUAUUUAAAGAAACAUUAAGGAUGUAUCCACCAGGUGCACGCUUGACGAGAAGAUCCGUAUCGGACUACACUUUCAAUGAUACGAAAGUUACUAUACCAAAGGGUACAAUGAUAUGGAUACCAAUUCUUGGGAUACACAGAGACCCGGAUAUUUAUCCAAAUCCUGAAAUUUUUGAUCCUGAAAGAUUCGACGACGACGUCGUAGCUACGCGACACUCUAUGCACUAUAUGCCAUUUGGAGAUGGACCAAGAAAUUGUAUUGGUGCACGUUUCGCAGUUAAUCAAACCAAACUUGGGCUAAUUACGAUUCUUCGUAACUGCAAAGUGGAACCCUGUGAAAAGACUAUGAUUCCAUACGUAUUUAAUCCACGUGCAUUCUUAUUGGCUCCGAAGGAAGGAAUAUAUUUAAAAAUAACGAAACUGUGAGGCGAAUGCAAACAUACAUGUUCUUCCUUUUAAAUAAUUUUUAUAUUUAUUUCGAA